UGCCUGCAGCCCCCAUGCCGGGCAUUAGCUCCACCGCGUCUCAUUAUGAAAACUGGGACAUGGACCACCUCGACCACUACCAACAUUAUUUCUACGACGACCACCACGACCCGGACGAGGAUUUCUUCAAGUCCACAGCGCCCAGCGAGGACAUAUGGAAGAAAUUCGAGCUGGUACCGACCCCGCCCAUGUCCCCUAUCCGGGCGGUGGAAGGGUCUGGCAGGGUCGGGCUGCUGUACCCGUCUCUAGGGGACAAGCUGGAGUGGGUCUCUCAGUUCUUAGGCCAGGAGGAUGAACAACAGCAGCAGCAGCAGCAGCAGGACCUGCCCUGCAAGCUGACUACGACCAAUGACUCCUUCGGGAACCUGAGCUCCAUCAUUAUCCAGGACUGCAUGUGGAGCGGCUUCUCGGCCGGACAGCAGCUGGAGAGAGUUGUAGGGGAGCGCUGCACCUCCUGUCCCGGGACAGGCGGGACCGGGGCUGCUGCAAAAGUCGCAGCCGGCUCUGCCGUUCCAUCCCCGGGGAGGGCACAGUGUGCCCUCGCCGACGCGUCGGGCCUCAGCGGACCGGCGGCGGACUGUGUGGACCCGGCUGGGGUGCUCACUUUCCCGCUAACCGGUGGAUGCAAGAAACCAGUGUCCUCUGGUUCCGAGUCUCACACCGACUCAUCAGAUGACGAAGAUGACCAGGAUGAGGAUGAAGAAGAGAUCGAUGUGGUGACGGUGGAGCACAAGCAGCAACGCAAACCUCGUCGACGACUGGUCAACGCCCGCAAGCCGGUGACCAUAACGGUGCGCGCUGACCCCCUGGACCCCGGCAUGAAGCGUUUCCACAUCUCCAUCCACCAGCAGCAGCACAACUAUGCCGCUCCCUCCCCGGACACCAUCCCUCCGCCGGUCGAGCCGCCUCGGAAGAGGGUCCGGCAGGAGGCCUCCUCCCAGGCCCCCCAGCCACACCACAACUCUCAUUACCACCAGCCCCGGGCCGGCCACGCCCCUCUGAACUUAGACAGCAGGAAGUCUCAUGUGACCACGGCCGGAGUCCGGUCCGAGUCGCCUAACCUCAGCGCUUGCUCUCCUACCUCCUCCACGUCGCCUUCGUCUCCCCCACCUUCCUCUUCCUCCUCUUCCACCUCCCAUUCCCAAAGCUCCCCCUCCAAGCCCCACUCCUUCUGCCACCUCUCCAGCCCCCAGUCCUCGGACUGCGAGGACACAGACAAGCGCCGGGCGCAUAACUUCCUCGAGCGCAAGCGAAGGAACGACCUGCGCUCGCGUUUCCUGUCGCUGCGGGACGAGAUCCCGGGCUUGGCGGACUGCCCCAAGACGCCGAAGGUGGCGAUCCUGACCCGAGCCACGGAGUACUUGCAGCAGCUGCAUGCCAGCGAGAGGCAGAAGGCUCAGGAGAGGAAGCAGCUGAAAUCCAGGCAGCUGCAGCUGCUGCAGAGGCUGGCACUGCUCAAACGCUCCUGA